CGAGACAUUCGCAGUCACACUGGAUUUGGGCUGGAAGUGACAGCAAGCUAACGAUGCUGCUGCUAACUACUACUAGUUAACUUACCAUACUGUCAGAUACGCAAGUUAAUGAACGAUGUAGUGAGAUAUGUCAGCUAUAGCUGACAGCUACGUAAUGGUGGUCACAGCUAGUUAGCUAGAGUUUGCUAUUUGUAUUGUUUACUAGUUACUGUAGCUAACGUUAUCUCCUUUGCUAGCUAGCUAGCUAUGUUAUUAGUCUUGCCUAGUCAUAACUCAUAAAGCUAAGGUUAGCCAAGCGGUGGGUGUGUUCUUUCUGUCAGUCCUGUUUUGAAACAUGUUAAUUAACAAGGUUAGGGGGUUCGUUUUUUAAAGUGACCCCAGCCAGGUGUUAACCCGGUGUGUAUCCACCAUGUUGAAUGGGGUGUUCAGGCUGCAUGGCCUGAUGGUGGCGUCUCACCCCUGGGAGGUGAUUGUGGGCACCAUUGCCCUGACUGUCUGUCUCAUGUCCAUGAACAACCUGGCCACUAGCGACCAGAUCUGCAGCUGGAGCAAUGGCUGUCCCAAACUACAGGAGAGAAUCCUAAACAGUGAUGUAAUCAUUUUAACGGUGACACGCUGCAUGGCCAUCGUGUACAUCUACUUUCAGUUCCAGAACCUUCGCCAGCUGGGCUCCAAGUACAUCCUUGGUAUAGCAGGUUUUUUCACAGUAUUCUCCAGCUUUGUCUUCAGCACCGUGGUCAUUCACUUCCUGGGGAAAGAGUUGACAGGCCUAAAUGAAGCUCUGCCAUUCUUCCUGCUCCUCAUUGACCUAUCCAAGGCCUGUACCCUGGCCAAGUUUGCCCUUAGCUCCAACUCACAGGAGGAGGUGAGAGAGAACAUCUCUCAGGGCAUGGCUAUCCUGGGUCCUACCUUCACCCUGGAUGCCUUGGUGGAGUGUCUGGUCAUUGGAGUGGGCACCAUGUCAGGUGUGCGUCAGCUGGAGAUGAUGUGUUGUUUCGGCUGCAUGUCUGUCCUGGCCAACUACUUUGUCUUCAUGACCUUCUUCCCUGCCUGCGUCUCCCUGGUCCUCGAGCUCUCCAGGGAGAGCCGCGAGGGCCGUCCCGUCUGGCAGCUGAGUCACUUUGCCCGUGUUAUGGCGGAAGAGGAGGACAACAAACCAAACCCUGUUACACAGAGGGUUAAAAUAAUCAUGUCUCUAGGUCUGGUUCUGGUCCAUGCCCACAGUCGUCUGGUGUCAGAGCAGCCAGGUCAGAACCGGACAGUCGUUGGCGCCAGCAGUAGUCUAGCUCUCGAUGGGCCUACAGUCCAGAGGAUGGACCAAGACUACACUCUCUGGCCGAUACCGCUCACCAGUAUGGAGCUGGAGCAGGUGAUAACCCUGGGUCUGGCUCUGCUGCUGGCUGUGAAGUACGUCUUCUUUGAGCCGGCUGAGACAGAGUUGUCCCUAAAGAGCCCCAUCUCCACCUCCAUCUCCGCCCCUGCACUGAGCCAUAAGGGGGCUGAGGACUGCUGCAGGAGGGAUCCUGCACCUGCUAAAACAUCCCCGACAACCAACAGCACCCCAAACCAUUUGGCUAAAACUGAUUCUAACAUAGCGGCCAAAGAGGAAAGAGUUGAGGUGAUUCAACCCCUGGUGGCCUCAAUGUUGCAGAACGGUCCCUUCUCUCUGAAUGGACCUCUCCCUCAGAGUUUAGGGGACAGUGUGUGUCCCCCACCUCCUUUCUUUACCCCAACUCCAGACACAACUACGUCUCUCCCCAACCCCCCCUCCCAGCCCCGCUCACUGGACCAGUGUCUGUCCAUCCUCAGAAACCCUGAGUUGGGCGCUCGUUUUCUUAGCAAUGCCGAGGUGAUGGAGCUGGUGACAUCACGAAACAUCCUGACCUAUAAGCUGGAGGCUGUCAUGGAAACACCAGAGAGGGGCGUUGUCAUCCGGAGAGAGAUGCUAUCAUCCAAACUACCAUCACCCUCUGCCUUGGCCUGUCUUCCUUACAAGGACUAUGACUACACUAAGGUGAUGGGCACCUGCUGUGAGAACGUCAUUGGCUACAUGCCCGUGCCAGUGGGAGUUGCUGGCCCUCUCCUAUUGGAUGGGAAGCAGUUCCAUGUUCCCAUGGCAACGACGGAAGGCUGCCUUGUGGCCAGCACAAACAGAGGAUGCCGGGCCAUCGCUUUGAGUGGCGGUUGCAGCAGCAGGGUGCUAGCUGACGGUAUGACGCGGGGUCCUGUUGUACGGAUGCCCUCAGCGUGCCGGGCUGUAGAGGUCAAGACCUGGCUGGAGACCACAGAGGGCUUCAGGACCAUCAAGGAUGCCUUUGACCACACCAGCAGGUUUGCCCGUCUGGACAAGCUAUUGGUAGGUCUAGCAGGGAGGAACCUCUACAUCCGCUUCCAGUCCCACACUGGAGACGCCAUGGGCAUGAACAUGCUCUCUAAGGGUACAGAGCAGGCAGUGAGCAGGCUCCAGCAGCAGUUCCCUGAGCUCCAGGUUCUAGCGGUGAGCGGAAACUACUGCACUGAUAAGAAACCUUCAGCCAUGAACUGGAUCCUGGGCCGGGGAAAGUCUGCUGUGUGUGAGGUCACCGUCCCCGCCAGGGUGGUCCGAGAGAUCCUAAAGACCAGUACUACUGCCCUAGUAGAGUUGAACAUCAAUAAGAAUCUAGUGGGCUCAGCCAUGGCUGGUAGUAUAGGAGGCUUCAAUGCGCACGCUGCUAACAUCGUAGCUGCCAUCUACAUUGCCUGUGGACAGGACCCAGCCCAGACAGUGGGCAGUAGUAACUGUAUAACUCUGAUGGAGCAAGUGGGUCCUGAAGGAGAGGACCUGUAUAUCAGCUGUACCAUGCCCUCUAUAGAACUGGGCACUGUAGGAGGGGGCACCAACCUGGCACCACAACAAUCCUGUCUACAGAUGCUGGGUGUGCAGGGUGCCAGUCUAACUGGUCCAGGGGAUAAUGCCCGUCAGUUGGCCAGCGUGGUCUGUGCCACCGUCCUGGCAGGAGAACUGUCUCUGAUGUCCGCUCUCGCCGCUGGACACCUCGUACAGAGUCACAUGACCCACAACAGAUCUGAAGCCAAUGUGCCACAAAUAGCUCAAUCCCACUCAGAGGAGGCUGCGUGACAGAUACAUUACAACCAAUCACAAUGAGCCUUCUAGUGAUAGAGGACCUGCAGUGAAUUCUGGGAGCUGGAGGUUUAGCCCAGUGUGAGCAUGCUCCUUUCAUCUCAGAGCAUCCAGCCUGCAACAAUACAUCCUCCUACCCAGAAGAUGGCUGCUGUUUAUUUAUUACAACAGAAAUAAAACUGCUAAUGGAACAGUUUUGGAAAGGAGUGGUUUGGGCUGGACACUGGGGGAGAAGUACUUCUGUCUGCUGCUAACCUCAGAUAUCUGACUCGUCACUUGGUUAAUACACAGUGCAGAAUGGAACUCAAAGGACUCUGUUUAUUCACUGUGUGCAGUGGGAUUGUCUGAAUGGAAAAAGAUUUUGUAUUUUGAUUUUUUUUACUUUUGCAAAUUCACAAAUGUGCCAUUGUCUUUAAAAUGGCCACCGGAAUUAUGUGGACAGACUGACCAAGUUGAAAUUAGAAUUUAAUUUGAAGAAGGAUUUGGCCUUUAACCUCUGUGUGCACACAGCCACACAACCCCCUAUAUCAUGGACAACAGGUUUGUUGUGAUCAAAUGCCCUGAAGUAAUAUAUAUAUUUUUUUAAUGGGUACAUUCUAGAGGCACACAUUCAGUGGAUGUGCCGAUGAUCAGCUUCUUACAGUAUCCGGAGAAGUGCCAGGGCAAUAUGAUACUGUAAUCUGUGCAGGAUUGGGCAGAAUGCAACCCAAAUCUCCUGACUAAAAUGUUGCUAAGGGUGAGAUAUUUUGCACUAAGUUGCCAAAUAGUUGUUUGAGAGGCAAGCCUAGUAUUGCUGUAGAUCGUUUCGUUUCAAAUUAAACCUGCCAUACCUCCUGAUUUUAAUGUAUUAUUUAAUUUGUUGAAUUUGUUUUAUCGAUAAUGUUGGAUGAAAAUGUCAAACCAAGGUGCUAGCUAUAAUGUGAGUGUACAGUAUGAUUGAGUGUUCUUGGUCUGAGUAUAUAUGCCUUACACUGCAGUGUUUUGAGGUACCUUUUAAUUGGGAAUGUGUAAGAAAUGGUUUGACGGUCUCUGGGCUUGAUUCAAUCCGUAGCACUGAAAAUCCGAGGUAUAUUACAACUUGAAAUUUGAGCCGACAUAUGCAGCGUUGAAACAUUGCCUUUUAAAUUUCAAUUUCGCUAUUAGUCUGCCUUUUAAAUGGUGUCUAAACCACUACAGCUGAGGUUUGGGACUAAAGUUGCAUUGCUUCAGCGAGUGUUUAGAUGCAUGUGGGAAUACCGGAUGAAACAAAGCCAUACAAGUCGCCUUCAAUAAACUGCUUUUAAGAGACAACCUUUUCCAAUAAAUAAAGUUCAUGUUUGCUAUUUGUUGUAAAGCAGCUAUUGAUUUGUUGGGAUGCUUGGCCUUAUGGCAGCAUUUCCCAAACUCGGUCCUCGGGGCCCAUAUUUUGGUUUUUGCA